AGUAUAGGAAAAUUGAUGACUGACAGUAUUGGUGUAAUUGAUAAUGAACAAAGCGAUGCAUUAGAUAAACAUGAUUCAUUUUAUCAUACUACAAAAUCAUUAUUAGUUCUUUUUCAAAUAAUGGGUGUGAUGCCAAUUAAAAGAAAUCCAAGAGGACAAUUAAAACGAACUGGUUAUGAAUGGUUGUCAGGUGUAUUUUUAUGGGCGUUUUUUGUAUGGUCUCUUGAAUCUAUUAUAGUUGUAUUUGUAUUAAAAGAACGUGUUAAUGCAUUUAAUGCUAACAAUGAAAAUAAACGUUUUGAUGAAGUAGUUUAUAAUGUGAUUUUUAUAAGUAUUUUAUUUACACAUUUUUUAUUACCAAUUGCGGCAUGGAGACAUGGUCCUCAAGUGGCAAUAUUCAAAAAUAUGUGGACAAAUUAUCAAUUGAAAUAUUUAAAAGUUACUGGAACAGCAGUUGUUUUUCCAAAAUUAUAUAAAUUAACAUGGGGACUAUGCUUUUUUUCAUGGGGUGCAAGUGUUGCAUUAUGUUUAUCUCAAUUUUAUUUGCAACCAGAUUUUGUACUAUGGAAUACAUUUGGAUAUUAUCAUAUUUUUGCUAUGUUAAAUGGUUUUUGCAGCCUUUGGUAUAUUAAUUGUACUGCAUUUGGAGUUGCAAGUAAAGCUUUAGAUACUUAUCUAGUAAAUACUUUAGAAUCAGAAAAACCAGCUGAAAAAUUAACUGAAUUAAGACAGUUAUGGGUUGAUUUAAGUCAUAUGAUGCAACAACUAGGGCGUGCUUAUUCAAAUAUGUAUGGUAUUUAUUGUUUGGUAAUAUUUUUUACAACAAUUAUUGCAACUUAUGGUGCCUUAAGUGAAAUCAUUGAUCAUGGUGCUACAUACAAAGAAUUCGGUUUAUUUGUUAUUGUAUUCUAUUGCAUGUCUUUACUUUUUAUUAUAUGCAACGAAGCUGAUUUAGCUUCCAGGCGUGUCGGAUUAGAAUUCCAAACUAGAUUACUAAAUGUUAAUCUUACAGCAGUCGAUAAUUCAACUCAGAAAGAAGUUGAAAUGUUUUUGGUUGCUAUUGAUAAAAAUCCACCAACAAUGAAUUUAGAUGGAUACGCUAAUAUUAAUAGAAAGUUAAUAACAUCGAAUAUUUCAUUUAUGGCAACAUAUUUGGUGGUACUAUUACAAUUUAAGCUAACUUUACUGAGAAAAACAAAAAGUCCAACACCAGCAGAUAUAAAUAAUCAUUAAAUUUCUUUUGUCACACUCAAAUCAUUGUUCCUAUUACCGUUUUAACAAUAAGAAAGUAUUAUUAAUGAAAAAUUAAUAACUAUUAUCUUAUAUUUAUAAUCAAAAUAAAUUUUAUUUCAAUUAAUAAUUAUUAAUAAAUAUUCACAAAAAUUCUCUGCAAAUUUUUAAAUACAAGUUUUCAAUUUAAAAAUUAGUAUCUUUGUUCGAUUACAAGUUUCUAAUAAUAUAAUUGAAAAUACAGAAUAAUAUAUACAUAUAUAUUAUAUUAUGCUAUAAAUAAGCAAAUAAACACACAUAAACAAGUAAGUGAAUUUUCGUGCCUCUUCAAUUGUGCUCACAUCAUAUUUUAUCCUUACUUUAUAAAUGUAUGUACUAUAUAACACGUCAUGAAUGAUAAAAGCACAAUAAAGAAGAUGAUUACACCAUAGUAUAUGCAUUUGUUUAGUAAUAUAUUUUUAAAUUUUUUAUAAGUUUUGAAUAUGAUAUGGCAGAUGGUUAUAUUUUAGGUUGGCUUCAAAAAAAAAAAAAAAACUCAAGUUUUUAAAUAGAAUUUUAAACUAAACGAAUGUUUUAAACCAAAAGCCAAACAAUUUUGUUGGGUUUUAUUAUAUAUGAAGUUGAUGAAAAUCAAGAGAGGUAACAAAAAAUAAACGUACUUAUGCUUAUUUUUUUAACAUUUAAAAUAGAAUAUGUUUAUACUUAAUUCAUAAUUACUCAUUUAAUAAUGAAUAUGUUAACGCGAAAACGUUUUUUAAUUUAAAAAUUUAACUUAAUUUAUUAAAAAAAAAACUGCAAAAAUAAUCUCGAAUAUUAUGUGAUAAAAUUUUUAACUUAACAAAUAAUAGCAGCCGAAUUAUAAAUUAUAAAUUUAAAAUAGUUGAGCAAUAUAUUAGAAUCUCUUUUUGUUCUUAAGAAAUCAUGGAGAAUUCUUAUGAUUUUGCACAAAAAAAUUAAUUGAUAUUAAACUAGAUACUAUUAUACAGUUAAAAAAAA